AUGAGCCACAACAUAGAGUUAAUCUCUUCUUCAGCCAAAGCAAUUGAAAGACAUGUUGCCUUGCUCACUAAAAUCCUUGUUCGUCUUCCCCUCAGAGAUGUCAUGGCCUUCAAACGUGUCUCCAAGCGGUGGCUUUCUCUCAUCUCUGACCCUUAUUUCUCUCAGUGCCGCACCACCGUCCAAGGAACAAGAUUCUUCAGUUUGAUCCUAGAUCCCAACUUCAUCGAUCUUCAACAUCGUGAAUUAACAUUGUUCUACUUCAAUAAGAAGAUUCUUAUACCGUGCCGCCGCCGUCUCAUAUUUUGUCCCAAACUCCCCGAUAAUUAUUCAUAUAUAUUACAAUCUUGCAACGGCUUGAUGUUUGUCCGCAAAUUCAGUGACAGGUUUAUCUAUAAUCCCUCCACAGGAGACAAGAAACUCUUGCCCUCACCCUUUCCAUGGUUUGAUAAAUCACCCUUUGUGGAGUACUCCCUGGCUUUUGAUCCCUUGCGAUUUCUUGGUUAUAAGCUGAUCUGCAUUUUCCAUGGCAAGUCUUUAAAGGAAGAUUGCCACCAUACCAUGGUUUACUCCUCAGAAUCCGGUGCCUGGAAUCCGUAUCGUUCUUCCUUCUCGGCUCCCACAGACAUGGGUUUUGCAUAUGAUUUUUAUUUCCAGGACUUGGUUUACUGGAUCGGUAGCAAAAGCAAAUCGACGCUGCAUUUUGAUCUGAAGGAAGAGUACGUGAAGGUCGACUUGCCUCCUUUGCCUCCAGGACCUCAAGAUCUUAAUGUUGGCGGCCAUGUUUACUUGACUUCGCUGGAACUUAACUCAAAAGAAGCUUAUAAUGGAUAUGGAUACAUUCUUGCACCUGCACGCGGUUACAUGAAUUUGGUUGGAUUUGACUUUGAAUUUUGUAUGCCCGUGUUCCGGUUAAAGGAAGAUGAUUAUUCUUCAUCAAGCAUACAACAUCUCAUUAAAGAUGGUCAUGAAUAUGAAAUGACUUUGUUGUUACUGAUAGCUGGAAAAGUUAUUGCUCUCCGGUUAAAGGAUCAGACCAGUUGUGAUGUGUUUGACUUUGGCAUAAAAAUAAAACCUGGUCACAAUAAGAAGAGCUCUAAGAAAAGAAAAGAUACAAUGAUUGGAGGGAGUGGUGCAUCUCAAGAGCAUGUAGCUAUGAAGGAUGAAGAUGCUAAUUAA